CUCCCGGCCAUGUCUUCCCCCCCGCCAUCCAAGCGGCGGGCGACCGACACCCCGGCCGCGGACUCGGUCGCCGCCGAGCUGGCCCCCCCUGUCGAGUCGGCCCCCCCUGCCGAGCCGGCGGUCGCCACCGAGCCCGCGCCCCCGGCCGACGCUCACCGGCGCAUGGUCAUCACCCACCUGGUGCUGGAGAACUUCAAGUCCUACGCCGGCAAGGUGACCAUCGGCCCCUUCCAUGCGUCCUUCACGGCGGUGGUCGGGCCCAAUGGCUCGGGCAAGUCCAAUGUCAUCGACUCGAUGCUCUUCGUCUUCGGGUACCGGGCCAAGGCCAUGCGCCAGGGAAAGCUCGGGGAGCUGAUCCACCACUCGGCCGCCUUCCCGAACCUGACGUACUGCAAGGUGUCGGUGCACUUUGCCGAUAUCAAUGUCGAUCCGUCCCACACCCAUGAGUACCUGAGCAAGACCAUCCCCAUCCUGCCUGGGUCGCAGUUCGUCGUGUCGCGCAUUGCAUACAAGAACAACACGAGCCGCUAUUUCAUCGACGAGCGGUCGUCCACCUACACCGAGGUGACAGAGCUGCUGCGCUUCCGCGGGAUUGAUCUGGACCACAAGCGCUUCCUGAUUCUCCAGGGCGAGGUGGAGUCCAUCUCGCAGAUGAAGCCGAAGGCCCCGUCCGAGCAUGAGGACGGCCUGCUGGAGUACCUGGAGGACAUCAUCGGCACCAGCUCCUUCAAGGGCCGGAUCGAGGAGGCCGAGGUGGCUCUGGAGGCCUUGUCGGACCAGCGCGCCGAGAAGCAAAACCGCCUGCAGAUCGUGGAGAAGGACCGAGAUGCCCUGCUGCCCAAGUACGAGGAGGCCGUGGACUUCCUGGUCAACGAGGCGGUGCUGGUUCACCACCAGCGGGCCCUCUUUGAGGUGUAUGUGCGCGAGGCGCGCGAAAGCCUGGACUCGGUGCAGGACCGCAUGGACACCAUCAAGCGCAAGAUGAAGGCCGAGCAGGCGCGCAACCGUGAGCUCGCCCAGACGCUCAAGGCAGCCGAGGAGGCGCACGAGCGCGAAACCGCCGAGGUCGACCGUCUGACCCGGGCCAUUGUCCGCCAGCGGCAGGAGUACUCGGCGCACGAGCGUGACUACAUCAAGAUCCAGGAGAACCUCAAGCACACGGCCGACCGGAUGCGCCGAACUGAGAAGGCCCUGGAGAAGGCCCAGCGCUCGAUCGGCACGCACGAGGGCUGGAUCAAGACCUACACCCAGGAUGUGGAGAAGAUCCUCACCGAGAUUGACGAGCGGCGCGAGCAGCUGAAGUCCGAGGAGCAGCAGCUGGAUGUGCUCCGCGAGAGUCUGACCUCCGAGACCAAGCCCCUGCAGAUCGAAGUGGAGGCCAAGCAGAAGGAGCUGGCUCCCUGGCUGGAGAAGGCCAGCCGGUUGCAGAAUGCCAUCUCCGAGGCGGAGUCCGAGUUGCGCAUGAUCAGCGAGCGGAACUCCGCCUCCGAGCGCAUGGUCCAGCGGCUGGAGCAGCAGCGGGCCGCCAACCGCGCGUCGCUGACCGAGGCCGCCGGCCGUCGGGAGCACCUGCUCAAGGAGUCGGAGAACCUGCGUCUGCAGCAGCAGCUGGCCGGCAAGAAUGUCGAGGCCCUCGCAGCCCAGGAGCCGGUUCUCAUGCGUGCGUAUCAGGACGCGCAAAUGCGCCUGGACGAUGCUCUGGCCUCGGUCAAUCAGCAACGCAACCGCGGGAGCCUGCUCACCGGGCUGAUGCAGUUUGCCAAGGAGCAAAACAUGCCCGGGGUCUUUGGGCGUCUGGGCGAUCUGGGCAUCAUUGACGCGCGUUUCGACGUGGCGGCCACCACGUCCUACCCUCUGGAUCACAUGGUGGUGGACACCGCGUACACGGCCCAGCGGUGCAUCAGCCACAUGAAGGAGCGCAAUCUCGGGCGCACGACCUUCAUCGUGCUGGACUCGAUCGGCGCCCCGCGGCCGAAGCCGCCCACCCCGGAGAACGCCGACCGUCUGUUCGACUUGAUUCAGGUUCAGAACCCCCUUUUCCUGAAGGCCUUCUACUUUGCGUAUGGCGACACGCUGGUGGCCAACGACAUGCAGCACGCCUCGCGGCUGGCAUAUGGGGCUCGGCGCUUCCGGGUGGUGACGCUCGGCGGCGAAGUGAUCGACACCUCGGGCAUCAUGUCCGGCGGCGGGAAUGUCGUCAUGCGGGGCGGCAUCGCGUCGUCCUUCGGCUCGCGGCCGGCCGGAGCCGGGCCAUCGGCCAAUUUCCUGACGCCGGCCGAGAUCGACAGCCUCCGGCAGAAGGCCAACCAAGCGCGCGAGGAGCACGCCCAGUGCAGCCGAGAUCUGGCCGCGGCUCGUGCGCGCCUGGACCAGAUUGUCCGGUCGCUUGAUGAGAGUUCCCUCAGCCUGCCCAAGGUGGAGAUGGAGAUCAACAGCCUGGAGUCUGUCGGCCAGUCGCUUGAUCAGCAAGUCCAGGAGGCCCAGCGGGCCGCCGCGCCGGUGGUGGACCACGCGCAGCAAGUCCGUGUCGAGGAGCUCCGCCGGCUGGUGGACACCGAGCGCACGGAGCUGAAGGCCACCCGGGCGUCAGCGGCCAGCAUCGAGCAGGCGAUCAAGGCCCUGCAGGAUCGGAUCCUGGAGGUGGGUGGCAUCAAGAUUCGCCACCAGCAGGCGCAGGUGGAGUUGAUCUCCACCAUGAUCACCAAUGCCAAUGAUCGGCUGAAUGCCGCGCGCGUGAAGCUGGCCCAGGAGGAAAAUUCCCUGAGGAAGGCCGCCAGCUCGGUGGACGAGCUGCAGCGCGAGCUCGGGGACCUGACCUCCCAGCAUUCGGCGCUCGAAACCAAUGGCGCAGACAAGAAUCGCGCCGGGGCCGAGCUCAAGAAGGCCAUUGCCGAGUCGCAGGAGAAUCUCGACGCCAAGCGUGACACGCUGACCGAGUUGCUGGCCAGCCUGGAGGAUUCCAAGAAGAAGAUGCUCCAGUGCCGGUCGGUGGAAGUGGAGCUGCAGCAGCAAUUGGAGGACGCGUCUCGUGCGGUGGAGGAGGCCCGGCGAAAGGUGGCCUCGUGGGUGGCCAAGCGCGACGCGGCGCAGAUCCCGGACCUGGCCGGACUCGGGGAGGCGGCGGUCCAGCGUAAGCAGGAGCGCUGCGCGCACCUGCCGGAUGCGGCGGCUCUGGUGGCCUUCGCGGCCGGCAUCGACCCCGAGGUCACGGUGUCCGGUCGGUCGGUGGUGGCCACCGGCGGCGAUGGCGACGUCGAUAUGGCGGACGCCGAGGCGCUCCCGGAGCCUGGGGCCGGGGCGGCGCGCGAUGGCACCCCGGAUGACGACGCCAUGGUGGUGGACGAGGCGCAGGGCGGUGCCCGGCCUGCCGCCGGGGCCGACCCCGUGGUGCCGCUGCUGGCCGACGCCGAUCGCAUUGCCCGCAUCAAGCAGGCGGUCCAGUCGCUGCAGAGCCGUUUGGAAAAUGCCCGGCCCAACCUCGGCAUCAUCGAGCAAUAUCAGCAGACCGCGGCCGAGUUGGAAUUCCGAUCCGGGGAAUUCGAGCAGGCAGACCGGUCCCGACGCGACGCCAAGCAGGAGUAUGACAGCCUGCGGGCCCGGCGCCUGGAGCUCUUCACCGAGGGGUUCGGCAUCAUCAGCCGGCACCUGAAGGAGAUGUACCAGAUGAUCACCCUCGGUGGGAAUGCCGAGUUGGAGCUGGUCGACAGCAUGGACCCCUUCUCGGAGGGCAUCAUCUUCUCGGUGAUGCCGCCGAAGAAGUCCUGGAAGAACAUCGCCAACCUGUCGGGCGGCGAGAAGACACUCAGUUCGCUGGCGCUCAUUUUCGCCCUGCACCUGUUCAAGCCGACGCCGCUCUUCAUUCUGGACGAGAUUGACGCGGCGCUCGAUUUCCGCAACGUCUCCAUCGUCGGGUCGUACAUCAAGGAGCGCACGCAGAAUGCCCAAUUCAUCGUGAUCUCCCUGCGGAACAACCUCUUCGAGCUGGCCGAUCGCCUGGUCGGCGUGUUUAAGACCAACUCCACCUCCAAGAGCGUCUCCAUCAACCCGCGGCUGAUCGAGGCGCGCGCGCGACUGCAUAUCCUCAAGGCGCCGCCGGCCACGGCCGAGGGCGCCGGCGGGGCGGCCAUUGGCGGCCGGCGGUCGCGCGCCGACUCGGAGGAUGCCCACCCGCCCGAGGGUGGCCAGGCCUCGGCCGGCAGCCUCGCCGGGGCGAUGGAGGCGGCCGGCGCGCCAGCCACUCCGGUCCCGGUGUCGCUGACGUCUCGGCGGUCGCUCCUGGCCGCGACGCCGGACACCGCCGCACAGGAGCCCGAGGAGGAGCCGACCCCCUCGGCGCCGGGGCCGGACGACCGCGCCGCCUCGUCGAUGUUGGCCUGAGCAUGUUGCGUGUGGUCGCACUCUUUCCCCCCCCCCCCCGCC